AAUUUUGGCGGAGAAUUCUUUGUUUCAGUUCUGCAAUCUUCAUCUUUUUUCUCUGCUUUCAAUCCCAACGUUUUUCCAUUUUCUCUCAAACCCUAACCAUGUCCAUGGUAGGACCUAAUCCUUCUCGUCGCAUUUCUGUCCAUCAAGCGCUCGGCGGUGGUCAAGUGGCUGAUUUGCUGUUAUGGAAUAAAUGGUAUGGUGGGGUGGUGACGCUCACGUCUGCAACUUCUUUCUGGUACCUGUUUGAAAGAGCCGGUUACAACUUCUUAUCUUUUGUCGCCAAUGUUCUAUUGCUUCUUGUCCUCAUUAUUUUUUUCUGGGCCAAAUCUGCUUCCCUUCUCAAUAGACCUCUACCUCCGCUUCCUGAUCUGGAAAUUUCUGAGGAAACUGUUUCAGUGGUUGCUGAUGAACUGCGACUGUGGGUCAAUUCUGUACUGUCAAUUGCACGUGAUAUUGCAAUAGGCAGAAACUUUAAGCUCUUUCUUCAGGUUGCUCUUGGACUGUGGAUUGUGUCAUUCAUUGGCAGUUUCUUCAAUUUUCUUACACUGGUUUAUAUUGGUAUCCUUCUCAGUCUUUCCGCUCCUUUAGUGUAUGAUAAGUAUCAGGAUCACAUCAAUGAAAAGUUAUGUGUAGCACAUAGAUACGUACAGAUGCAAUACAGGAUGCUUAACGAGAAUGUUCUAAGGAAGUUACCAUUACCCUUAAAUAAGGAGAAGAAGAUGCAAUAGGCAUAGUACCUCACUCGAUGAUCAGUAACUUCACAAGAAUAUGCAGGCGCAGAUUGGCUGGCUUUUUCAACAGGAUGAUCAGUAUAUCUGAAGAUUUUGAUCAGAGGCAUUGAGAUUGCUUUUAAAAGCGAUGUACUUCAGAAUUCUAGAUCUCUUAGAAAGUUGUGGUAUAUAGUUUAACAUAGAUGUAUUCCGACUUUGACUUCGGGUGAAAACUGAAAUCAAUAUUGUUUGAUUUUGCUUGGCUAUUUCGGUUUCACACUCUGGGUUCUGUAAUUUUGAUUUUGGCAAUUAUCCUUUGUUAUUUGAACUAAAUGAAAAUAAAUUUGCAUA